CAGCUGUUGUAGUAGGCAGGGCCUGGCAGUCCAGGAAGCUUGCCUCUCCCUCUCCCUCUCUCUCUCUCUCUCUCUCUCCCUCCCUCUCUCUCUCUCGCUCUCUCGCUCUCUCACGCUCUCAUCUCAGCCACUGGAACAAUGGGAGACAUGGCAGCCUCUCCUGUCGGCGCAGCCACACAAUAUGCUGUAGGAGUGCGGCGGUAAUUUCUGUGCGGCGUGCAGAAGGAGAGCUGGGAGGCGGCUGCGCGGCGCUAGGAGAGGCUGCUCUCUCGGCUUGGCCAGCAACGCGGCGUUAGAGCGGCGGCGGUUUGUGCAGCCCGCGCUGCCCAUGCUGGGAAUCGCAGGUCUGGGCUUCCAGGACGCUGCUGCUGGGGGAGCUGAGAGGAUAGCGAUGCGGAGCUUCCGUGAGGAAGGACGUCGGCGUUAGAGGAAGGAAGGUUGUUGCCCGUCAGACAGCGAUUGCAGAGAGAUUGGCUGAGGGCUGACAACACCGCCUCCAUCUGUUCCAUUCUGAGGAAAGCCAGGUGCAAAGGCAGUACAGAGAGGACCUCUGAGUAAGCAUGUAAUUGCAGGUGUGUGUAUCACGCAGCACCUUUUUGUGACUAAUGAACAUGACAGGUGUGGGAGGGGGUCGAAUGGCAGCGGUGAGCAUUUUACUGCCCAAAGCGAAAUGUAAUUUUCAGGUGGAGAUGUCUGAAGACAACGAGCCCAGAGACUGUGAUGAGGCAUUGGAGUCAGAAGAGGGCGAUGUUGAGCCGUUCCUGGAGGAACUGGAGAGCAGCAGGGAGCUGCUGGAGAGGCUGAGGGAGCUGGAGGCAGAAAACUCUGCAUUAGCUUUAGCAAACGAGAGCCAGAGAGAGGCGUAUGAAAGGUGCCUGGAUGAGGUGGCCAAUCAUGUUGUACAAGCUCUACUCAACCAGAAGGACCUGCGAGAAGAGUGCAUUAAGCUGAAAAUGCGGGUGUUCGAUCUGGAGAGGCAGAACCGGACCUUGACAGAGUUCUUUCACCAGAAACUGCACAGCCAGUUCAGCACUGGACAGCAGCUACCAUCUGAACUCCAUACAGAGCACAACCCUGAGCUUCUACCCAAAGGCCCAGACAAGUCUGCCACUGUGCAGAGCGAAGGGCAGGCCAAGACCAAUGGGGACUGCACACCGAACGGCGCAGCAGACACGCCAGGCCCCACUGCCUCGAUGGAGGCACUUUCUCCGUUCUUUAAGAAGAAAGCACACAUCCUUGAGGUCCUCCGUAGACUAGAGGAGACGGAUCCAUUGAAGUUCCAUCCCUACCCAGGCCUUCCUGCCUAUUAUGACUUUAGCCAAGCCCUGAUCCCCACAGAAUCUGCCCUCGUCCCUGGUGUCGCCCCCAGCCAUCAACACAAAGGACCCCAGUCACACUGUCGCCAUUCCUGCUCGGACUCUGACAUCCAUGAGUAUGCGAAUGGCGACAGGACGCUACCUGAGGACCACGGCCUGGAGUACGAGGGCUGCCAGUCUUGUCUUAUGCUCUCUCAGAAGAGCCUGGCAGGUGUCUUAAAGAGUAACCAAGGUCACGUAUCUUCGCACCCAAGCAGACCAGAUGACUUCAGUGGUGGCAGCUGGCCGGAGGUUCAGGGAGCCUCUGCACCGGCCACCGUGCUAACAAGUGACAACACAGACCCAGCAGCCGGGGCCGAGAAGCCAGAUGAUGUCCCACAACUCAUAAGCACAAAUUCCUAUCUCUACUCAGGACUCAAGGACACCACUCAUGCCGGUGUCGCUCAUCAGGAGCCAAGCCUGGCCGCGACGUCGGCGGAGGCAAAGAGCGUUGGCCUCCAUGGGGAGAGCUCCGAAGAGCAGCCCAGCUUUGCCCACACAGUGCCAAGGGAAGAGACGCAGAGUGAAGCCUCCCGUCCGGCCGAGAACAUGAACCUUGAAAAUUUUCACGACUUGAAUGCAGCACAGGUUGUCGGAACAGAGCAGUGCUACUUUGAAGUGGCCGCAGAAACAAGUGUGAAGAAUAGCUUGCUUACAAAUACCUCAAACGCCCCAAUUCCCAAGGUUCCUGACAGCUCCACGAUUGAAUAUUGUGAGCAAGAAUCUAGAGAACAGAUUUGCAGUGAGCUGUAUUUCUCUCCUAAUGAGGCCUCCCGUUCCAAAAAGGUAGCGGCUGAUUCUUACCUUCCACCCCCUUCACCUGAGAAGAACAGCAUGGUGCAGCAGCCUCCUAAUGAAAAAGCCAAGCUUGUGCUUAGUCCAACCUCCUUCAGCGAAGUCAAACCUUCACCCAUCUCCUCCCCGUCUAGGCUGUUGAGGUUCCUGAAGAUUCCGUCGAUUGGUGAGCGGGCGCAAGCUGCCAAUCCACUCCGCCUCAGCCCCCAGCUUACUCGCAGUUCCAAGAUCCCCUGUAGAAACAACUAUGAGGUCCACCAUUCUCCCGUUCUGGCUCGCAAAGCCACCACCACUGAGAGGGAGAAGCAGCCGCAGUCAUCCAAGGUUGACUCCUACCCAUCUGCACAUUCAGCUCCAACUUCCCCACCGAAGCCAGAAGAUGACUGUUUGCCCAUUGCCAGGGAGAUCAAUUUUAGUGGUGCGUCUGUGCCGAAAGCCAGUCACAGUGCCAAAUCAGCACCGCUUUCUCAACCUCAAAGAGGCUUCCAGAAGGUUCCUCACUAUGAAAAUGUCUGUGAUGUUCCUACUUCCUGUCACCUGGAUUGCUCCUCCCAGUGUUUCGAGGGAACAAACAUACCCAACUUUCUCCCUUAUCCACAAAAUGAAACUUGCAUCAAUAAGCAGCCCAAAAUACAAGAGAAGAAGAUUGUUAGCCCAUCUUUCAAGCAGCACAACGUGUCAAGCACAGCUGAGCAACCCUGUGAUUUCUCUCCCUCAGACCUAGAACCUCAUACUGAGGGCACAGUCUGGUGCAACCUCCAUGAUCACCACAGCCUGUCAACCUCUUCUGCCUCCCAGAGAGCUCAGAGCAGCUGUAGCCAUCCCAGCAUAUCUGAGAGACACGAAAAGGUCUCCGAAAGCUCCUCGAGGAGUUCGGAAGCUGUCGUACUGCAAGAUGGGGCUCAAAGAGGUGAUCCAACCUCCAUUCCGAAGAAAACAGUUGCUGUGAAGCCACCAAGUGAUUCCAGUCAUCACCUAUUUAAGGAACGCCUGGCAGCCCUUGGAAAGCUCAAGACCACGGAAGAACUGAUAGUCACAACUCAGCCCACAGAUAAGAAAGAUACACAGUGUAAUGCUGGUAAAGUCGUGUCCCCCAGCAUGGGGCAGAAAAGUAAAACUGCAGAGAGGCACUGUGAUCGAGGCGUACCGGAACACAAGCCCCCAAAACACACAGACUCACUCGACAGUAAGCCGUACCCUAAGCCUGGGGGCCACGCCACCAAGUCCCCUGCACCAUGUCAGUCAUAUGAGCCAGGGAGUAAGUCCUUAACCACCAGCUCAGUAAUACCUAAGGCCGAGCUGGAGACAUUCGGAUCCAAAAUAUAUGUAGCAAAGGCAGAGGGUCCAAAGAUAAAGGUGAACUUGCCUUCUUCAAGCCCCGACCCCCCCCAGGUGCUGCGUAACUACAUGAAGUGUAGCUCUGCCCCGAAUCCCCCUUACAGUAGCAAAACUGCUCCCAGCCCUCAGAACAGCCCCACCAAGGUCCCAUCUAAAUCGCCGUCCAAGCCUGCUCAGGCUGCCUCCAACCCAAGGCCGACUAAAACAAGCCAGGAUGACCGUGUCUCUCAGAAGCCAUCGCCGCGGUCAGAGGACAAGAGCAAGUUCACCGGCAGCAAAAAGAAGAGCCCGGCCUGUGUGGAGAGCGCUCCCCCUGGCCCGCUGAAGUCAGCAGAAGCCAUGGAUGACAGGAGACCCUUUGUCUCUGCUCCUCAGUCUGCUAUUGAGCAGAAGGUGAUGAAGGGCAUAGAAGAGAACAUGCUGAAGCUGCAGGAGCAGGACCGUGGUCACGCGGCCGAGGUCAAACAGAAGGCCUCCAAUGGCAUCGCCAGCUGGUUCGGCCUCAAGAAGAGCAAGCUACCAGCCCUCAGCCGUAAGCCUGAGAUGUCCAAGCUUAAGAUAGGCAUGCCCUCUGCUGGCAAGGAGGCCAAAACGGCUGCAAAGAAGAAGCUGGAGGUUGAGAGUCUGAACAUCUCAAAGCUGAUGGAGAAGGCCGAGGAUCUGCGGCGUGCUCUGGAAGAAGAGCGGGCUUACAUGAACGGGGUAGCCCUGGAUCGGCCUGGCAGAGGUCACUCCUGUGAGGUGGUGAUGGAUCAGUCCCAAGGCCAGCUGUCUGUAAUGUACAGGGGAGUCUCCUCUGACAACUUUAUGCAGCAGUUACUGAACCGUGUGGAUGAGAAGGACCCAGGCAGUUUUGGAAUCACCUCCCGGCGCCUUUCCUUUGACUCCAAAAAGUCGAGGCCUAUUUUCAGCCAUCAGAGAAGUGACAUCAGUCAUACUAAGAGCAGUGGAGAAAUUGAAAAGGGCUCAGACCUGAUCAGUAAAGAUGUCCAAUCAGAUGAGAUUCUGGCAGAAUCCAUAAAUUCUCAACACUUCACAGGUUCCGGGUCCUCCAUGCGAACCCUUGACAGCGGCAUCGGUACCUUCCCUUUGCCGGACUACGUCAGCGGCGCGGCUUUGAAAAGUGCCCCCAAGGCCAAGUCCCAGGGAGAGCAGGAGAUCUUUGGUCCCCAAGGGAAACUUGGACCCGUGACGAAGGUUCCCCGCAAGGCUCACACACUGGAAAGGGAGCUGUCGUCCCUGGAGGAGGUUGAUCCGUGUAGCUUGUACAGCUCUGCGCUGGAAGGAAAGAGCUCAGUAGUGCAUCUCUCCGGCACAAUCCAUGAAGAUGCUGAUGACUAUGGGGCAGAUGUACAGUCUCCGCCCAUGAAGAACUGGACUGUGCCCAACAUGAAGGCUCCUGCGGUGCCAGCAGAGGUCUACCUGGGCGUCAAGGAGGAGAUGGACCCAGCGGGGCAGGCCCCCUUCCGGAGGGCCAUGAAGGCCUGCACUCCGACGCCGCGUGACAGCGACCCCGCCAGCUUGCCGCUGCCCCCUCCGGUUUGUCUGGCCCGGCGUGGCAAAAGCCAGACCCCUAUCGCCGCAGAGAUGAGCAAAGAUGGUGGGCUGGAGCUGAUCAAAGAGCAGCCAGAUGACAUCCUGUCCCCCAGCCGGCCACAGACCCUGGAGACUCCGGAAUCGCUGAGCGACUCUCUGUAUGACAGCCUGUCCUCCUGCGGCAGUCAGGGAUGAGGGCAGGGUCUCAGGCUCGUGUAGGUGGGCAUCCGGGAAACCGCCGUUCAGCGGGCCGCUGCUCAAGCGCCCAGAGCAGGCAGUGCAGUCUUGUGACGUCAGCCCCCCGCCCCAACACCCGCCGCUGCCCGUUUCUCAGAGUCUGGCUGCUGGGGACAGACCCCCCCCCCUCCCCACGCUUUCUCAAAAUGACACUCACAAUGAGACUUUCUGAAGACGGACAAACUGGCCGGGCUAAAAUCCCAGCCAGAGGAAGCAGACGGUCACCAGAACUGUUUAUACAGUGUGUUCUCUCACGCACACGCACACGCACACACACACACAUUCACUUUACAGCUUCAUCUAGGCAUGACUGGCAUCCAGACACACUACUUUCAGAGCAGCCUGUCCUGGAAGUGUGCUACCAUUUAGCUGCAGGAGACGCAAAUGCCUGCACUCCUCUCUGCCACCAGAGAGCCAUUUAUCUGAGUAUUUCGUUCACAAUGGAGUCGCCUCAGGAAAGUGGGAGAUCUCAUCGAAUUAUUUACAUCUGCAUUGAUGCGCAGAUUUCAAUACAAUUACCCAUAAAGCAUUGGGCAGCCUAUAAAAGAUUGAAGCCAAUACUGCCAAUGUGUUUAAAGCAUUCUUUUUUAUGAUGAUGAUUAUUAUUAUUAUUAUUGUGUUGUUGUUGUUGUUGUUAUUUGUUAUUGUUUAUUUUGUAACAUGUUAUACAAAUCAGGCUUCCAUCCAUUUUAUCACUUCUGGAAUUUGUUUUGAAAUGUGAAUGUUACUUGUGUUUUUAUUUUGUUGAUCUUUAUUUUUUAACUUAAAUAAUAAUAAUCUUGGUGCAGAGACUCUAACUCUGUUUUCUCCAAAAUAAAGAGGUCAUUGUCAGGA